GGUAUCAAAGCGUCAAAGCUGCUCUUUUGCUUCUAGGGAUAAAACAUAAAAUAUUUCACUUAAAUUCAUAUCAGGAAUUUAAUGCAGCAGCUUUCUUAUAUUUUGGACAAACAGACUGUCCGAAAAUUAGAGACCAAAAAAUGAUCUUUAAAUUCAAAGCCUUCAUCUUUUUCCUCUUGGCUGCACCUAGAAAUGCUGCCACCUUGACGUGUUACAACUGCACUGACAUUGAUAGUUUGGAUAGCUGUCAAACAGUUACAAACUGCGAAAGUAAACAGUCAUGCUUUACACGAGCCCGAUCAACUGGACAACAUUUGACAUAUACAAUGGGAUGUAUAGAAAAUAAGAAAUGUGGCAGCAUACCUAAGUAUGAUACUAUGUCUAUCAAAAUGAACGACGAAAAAUGCUACGAAUGCUGUGGAAGUGAAAAGUGUAACAGUCGCUUGUGUAAACACAAAACACCACCACCCUGCGAAAACACUGAUGAAAAUUGUUCCUAUUGGAACCAGAAGUUUGACAUAUGUGAGGACAUUCAUGAUGCAAAGUUAAUCUGCCGAAAAUUCUGUGAUCUUUGCUCAUUAGUUGAUGGAAACUGGGCUUCUUGGUCUUCCUGGUCGUCGUGUGAUGUGACAUGUGGUCAUGGAAUACAUACACGAAUAAGAACAUGUACCAACCCAGCACCAGCGUACCGGGGUCUGGAUUGUAAGGGAAACAGUACUGAUACAAAAUCCUGUGUCAGGCCUUUAUGCCCAGUGCAUGGCGGUUGGACUGAAUGGUCAAGUUGGGGAACAUGCCCAGUUACAUGCGGUAUUGGGAUACAGAAAAGACACCGCACAUGUACUAAUCCAUCACCACUAAGGUACGGCGAUCACUGUUUUGGGGAUGCAAUAGACGUCAAAUUAUGUAUGCAAGGCUCAUGCGAAGCGAAUGACGGGGAAUGGACCAACUGGGCUAACUGGGAAAGUUGCAGUGCAUCUUGCAACGGGGGUGUGCGUAAACGCUCAAGGUCGUGUACAAAUCCUAGUCCCGCUCCAUUUGGGAAAUACUGUGACGGCGAUCCAUUCCAGGUGGAAAUGUGUAAUAAGCAAUCAUGUAAGACCUCAAAUACAAACGUCGCAUUCAACGCAUACUUCGUUACAGACACGUCGGUAGCAGUUGGUCAGACUUUGGUCUUUUCGAAAGUACUCGUGAACCAAGGAGAAUCUUACAACUACUCCUCGGGAAUAUUUGUAGCUCCAAGAAAUGGGACGUACAUAUUCAAUGCCAAGAUGUGUGUUGCAGGAAAGGCAAGUAGUCACUAUGAUAUCAUGGUUGACGGUGUAUCUUAUGCAUCUGCGUACGGGUAUGACUACUACUCGGGAGAGUGUCCUUUUACACAAGCUGUUGCAGAGCUGGAAACAAAUCAACAGGUUUUUGUUAAAUGGGGUGUCUGGGCGAACACCCUAAUGCAGUAUUCUCCCUACUACAUAAACAGAUUUUCUGGGUAUUUGCUUCAUGAGUGGUAUCAAAGCGUCAAAGCUGCUCUUUUGCUUUUGGAGAUAACACAUAAAAUAUUUUACUUAAAUUCAUAUCAGGAAUUUAAUGCAGCAGCUUGUCUGAGUGGCAACAAAAUGAUCUAUAGAGCAUUCAUCCUUUUUCUGUUAGCUGCUCCUAGAAGAGCUGCUUCUUUGUCGUGUUACUCGUGCAAUAAUAUAGAAAGUCUGGACAGCUGUCAAACAAUUUCAAACUGCGGAAGUAAACAGUUGCUGGUGACAGAGCAGCCAAAUAUCAUUGUCGAAGUUGUACAAGGUCGGGCAAUUUCUUCCAUCCAGGAACAAUCAUGUUUUACACGAUCCCAAACCAUUGGACAGAAACUGACAUUUACGAUGGGGUGUACAAACAAUCAGAAUUGUGGUAAAAUACCUGUUUACGAUACUAUGUCCAGAAAAAUGAACAACGAGCGUCCGAUCGAACAAUGUAAUGAAUGUUGUGGAAGUGACAAGUGCAACAACAACCUGUGUAAUCAUAAAACGCAUUUAUCUGACCUGAUUCUAGCCCCACCUUGUGAGGACAUUAAGGAUUGCGCCUAUUGGAACAAAAAGUUUGACAUUUGUGAGGACAUACAUGAAGCGAAGCAUAUCUGCCGAAAAUUCUGUAAACUAUGCUCAUUAGUUGAUGGUAACUGGGCUGAUUGGUCCUCUUGGUCAUCAUGUGAUGUGACAUGUGGUUAUGGAAAACAUACAAGAGUAAGAACGUGUACAAACCCAACACCAGCUUACCGGGGACUGGAUUGUAAAGGAAACAGUACUGAUACAAAACCUUGCGUUAGACCGUUGUGUCCAGUACACGGAGGAUGGAGCGAAUGGUCGGAAUGGGGAUCUUGUCCGGUUACAUGUGACAUGGGGAUACAGAAAAGGCAUAGGACAUGCACCAAUCCAUACCCUUUGAGGUAUGGUGACCAUUGUUUCGGCGACGCUAUGGACGUAAAGCUAUGCAAGCAAGUGUCAUGUGACACUUCAGAUGCUAGUGUUGCUUUCAAUGCCUAUGGAGUAACAGACUUAAGACCAAGCCGCGGCCAGACAAUGGUGUUUUCAACCGUGCUUACAAACCAGGGUGACUCCUACAACAGUUCCACUGGCGUCUUUGUGGCUCCAAGAAAUGGCACUUACAUUUUCCACGCACAAAUGUGCACAGUAUAUCAGAAAAACAUGCAUUUUGAUAUAAUGGUUGAAAGCACGUCAUACGCGACUGCCUAUGGGUAUGCCUAUCACAGUUGUGAAUGUCCUUCAGUACAAGCUGUUGUAGAGCUGAAAACAAAAGAAAGGGUUUAUGUACAAUGGGGUAAAACAUGGUCAUAUAGUACAACUCUUAUCUGUAAACAUAAUAUUUACCACAAGAACUAUUUCUCUGGUGUGCUUGUUCAUGGCUAGACAUACCAACAUCUAAAAAAAAGCAUUGCACAAUUUUAGAACCGAAAAGUUAUCUUUUAUAGUUUGUAUCAGAAAACAGAAUAAUGAGCAGUAAUUGACUGCAAAUGAUUUUUGAUGGCAAAUUGUAGUCUUUCGUACAAUGACUAUUUGAAUUGUAUUUUGAUGAGUUAUAUUGGUGUAUCUAUUUCUUUCUCUUUUGUAAACCUAAACAAAAGAGGAAACAAUAGACGAAUAACACUUGUCCCAACCGUAUAAGAAAAUUAACACUAGCAAUAGAUGCUGACAUGAAUACCCGGCUAGAGAGUAACCUUUUAGUCCGAACCGAGGCCCUGUCGCAUUACCCAAUAAACACUAACCGCAGAGCCGGAUAGAGCCGGAUACUCUCAUCCAAACCUACAACCAGUGUUUAAAUAUUUUCUCAAGUAUUCCUUAUUUAUAAAAUUAUAAUACAGUUAUAUCAAUGGAAGCGUGUUAUAACUGGCAACUUAACACUAUGAAUUUUGUCAAGAAAUAUUGUGUUAAGAACAAGAUGACUAUAUAGUUAUCUGGAUUACUUCCGGUUUACGUGAAAAUACUUAUUUAAUCAUCCACAUCAAUGUACAUGUAGUUCGUGUUAUGACAUUUACAGCACAGAGCACGCCUCUUAUACCACGAUUUUAAGAUAUUAGGUUUUCAUGUAUCGAUGAAACUCCAGUUAUAAAAUUUAAUUUGUGAAAAGAUCCCUUUGAAAAGGAAUUGAUUUAUUGUAGAAAUUUAUGUUCUCCAAUAUACAAUUACAGUUUUUAAUGUUGUUUUUACCAGAUGAUUUCAUUCGUAGGAAAGACAGUAACAGCUAAUUGCUGUAUAUCGCCAAACACGAAGAUUUUGUUGUACAUUUGAUAUUUACACCAUUAAAAGAGCAAAAUGCAUGCGUAUCUAUCUCGGGAUAAAAAUAUCAAUACCACGAUAUUUUGUUUUAAUUUUGCUGAUUUUUCGUUGCACGUCUAAAAUGAAUACUUCCUUCUUUACACUUAAAUGUUAAACUGUUAAAAGGUUAUGUUCAAAGUUAAUAAUAUGUUAUCCCGGUUUAAAAUACUUAAACAUGUUUAGCAUUUACAAACAAGAUUUUUAUCAAAAUAACACGAUGUCUUAAGGUGUAUGCAUUUGAGUAAACUUUCAUGUGAAUAUGUUAAGUGUAUAUAUAUUACGUAACACGAAUUUGUUUGUUAUAUAAUUUCCAAAAUGCUUUAAUAGUUACAUUUCUGGAGGAUUUAAGAUGCAUGACAUAUUAAGUAGAAAGAAUGAUAAUGUAUGAUGUAAUUAUGAUGUGCACUGUGUUUCUCAACAUAGACAUUUGCUUGAAAAUUUACAUUUGAUGUAAAUUAGAAUAGUCUCAUUUCAAAUCAUAUCCUCGAUUUUUUCAUAAUUAUGUACGUAAAGUUUUUAACACUUAUAGAUCAUUAAUAGCUAAUGUUACAUUAUUUUCAGAUUUUGGCAUGUAUUCAAAUAUUAUAGCCACUGCAAACCAUAAUUCAUAUCCGAAAAAAAGGAUGACACGUUUUUUUUUUUUUUGUUUGUUUGUUUUUUUUUUUUUUUUUGAUAUUUUGUUUUAUUUUUUUGAUAAA